UUUGCUUCUGCUGCUGGUUUGUUACACUGUCGCCGCCAUUAAACAACACGAAGGCAACAUAAAAUUAUGCAGCACCGCGAAUUAAUGCCAUGACUAGGAGAGAACGGGGGCCUUACCAUCGUGUGAUUUGUUCUGAAAGGGGUUAAUGAGUGUAUAAAAGUAAAAAUGUGAGCGAUUUAAGGGGUCAAAAUAUUUUUUGGGAAAGAUUUGAUAGAGCAAAGAGGAGGCGGAGGAGGAGGGACUGGACUAGAGUGGUUUGUUGUGGUUUCCAACUGUACUUGAGUAACAAGCCCUGACGUUUAAAGUUUUAUUACCAAAGUGAUUGACAAUGACAGAACAGAGGAUUAAGUGGGUCUGUGACUACUGCACCUAUGAAAACUGGCCCUCAGCAGUCAAGUGCACCAUGUGUCGAGCACAUUCGAGAUCAUUGGGUUCUGUCAUCACAGAGGAACCUUACAAGAACAACCCUGACCUGGAUUCCAGUGUAGAGUGGGACUCUGCUAGAACUGAGAGCAGCAGCAGCCUUCUCAUCUGUCCUGACUCCAGUGCUAGACCCAGAGUUAAAUCAAUGUCCAUGGGUGAGGUUGCCACUAAGUGGUCCUGCCACAUAUGCACAUACCUAAACUGGCCCAGAGCAAUCCGCUGUACACAGUGCCUGUGUCAGCGACCAAGAACCAGCAGCCCCACUGAGUCUCCUCAGACUUCAAGCUCCCAUUCUGCUCUCCACUCACCUGCAGACACCUGUGAAGAGUACAACGACAGAAACAGACUCAAUACCCACCAGCAGCACUGGACAUGUACAGCUUGCACUUAUCACAACUGGCCCAAAACUGUAAAAUGUGUGGUCUGCGACCACCCCAGGCCCAAUAUCCAGGAUGCCAUUGAGCUGGCAGACUCAGCAGCUCCAUCAUCCAUGAUCAAUGAGCAGGACAGAGGUCGUUGGAGAGGCAAUUGCAGUGGAGGCCAGAGGAGGUCACCACCUUUGAAUAAGCGAGAUGAUAAAAUUGAAAUGGAUCUCCAGACGAUAGAGCUUGCGGCUGCAGCCAUUUGCAACAAUGGAGAGCAAGAGGUGGACUUCAAGAAGUUGAAGCAAAUAAGAAACAGGAUGCGGAAAACAGAUUGGUUGUUUCUUAAUGCAUGUGCUGGCGUUGUGGAGGGAGACAUGGCGGCAGUGGAAGCCUACAAGUCGUCCGGAGGCGACAUUGCCCGGCAGCUGACUGCUAGCGAGGUGCAACUCCUAAACCGGUCCUCUGCAUUUGAUGUAGGCUUCACCUUGGUCCAUCUGGCUAUUCGCUUCCACAGGCAGGACAUGUUGGCCAUCCUGCUCCCAGAGGUGAAUCAGCAGGCACCUAAGUGCAUCCCCUCCAUGGUGUGUCCUGAGCUGACAGAGCAGAUCCGCAGAGAAGUCGCAGCCUCACUACAUCAACGUAAAGGAGACUUUGCCUGUUACUUCCUCACUGAUCUGGUCACUUUCACCCUCCCUGCAGAUAUAGAAGACCUGCCACCUGCUGUUCAGGAGAAGCUGUUUGAUGAGGUGUUGGAUCGAGAUGUUCAGAAAGAGCUGGAAGAAGAAUCACCUGUCAUCAACUGGUCUUUGGAGCUAGGCACGCGUCUGGACAGUCGCCUGUAUGCCUUAUGGAACCGCACAGCGGGAGACUGUCUGUUGGACUCUGUUCUGCAGGCCACAUGGGGCAUCUAUGACAAAGACUCUGUUCUCCGCAAAACCCUCCAUGACAGCCUGCACGACUGCUCCCACUGGUUUUAUACGCGCUGGAAGGAGUGGGAGUCGUGGUACUCACAGAGUUUUGGACUGCAUUUCUCCCUGAGAGAAGAACAGUGGCAGGAGGACUGGGCGUUCAUCCUGUCUUUGGCCAGCCAGCCUGGGGCCAGCCUGGAGCAGACCCACAUUUUUGUUCUUGCACACAUUCUUCGCAGACCCAUCAUAGUCUACGGAGUGAAAUACUACAAGAGUUUCCGUGGAGAAACGUUAGGAUACACACGUUUUCAAGGUGUGUACCUACCUUUACUAUGGGAACAGAGUUUCUGCUGGAAGAGUCCCAUCGCCCUGGGCUACACUCGGGGCCACUUCUCGGCCCUGGUGGCCAUGGAGAACGAUGGCUACGACAAUCGAGGUGCUGGCGCCAACCUGAAUACGGACGACGACGUCACCGUCACUUUCUUGCCACUGGUGGACAGUGAGAGGAAGCUGCUGCACAUUCACUUCCUGUCUGCACAAGAGAUGGGGAACGAGGAGCAGCAGGAGAAGCUGCUGAGGGAAUGGCUGGACUGCUGUGUGACAGAAGGAGGAAUGCUGGCGGCCAUGCAGAAGAGCUCCCGUCGCCGCUACCACCCUCUGGUCACCCAGAUGGUGGAGAAGUGGUUGGACCGAUAUCGACAGAUCCGCCCCUGUGCCUCUCUCUCCGACGGGGAGGAAGAGGAGGACGAAGACGACUGAGGAGGGAGAUGAUGAGAUGGGAGUGCACGCUGGGCUCCAUGAAAGUACUUCACUGUCUGCAGUUCUUUUUUUUGCUCCUUUUCCUUUUUUGUUGAAGUAUUGAGUUGUGAUGUUGCAUGUGUUGUGCGAGCUCUGCGUUCAAAGUACAAAAAGAAGGACAAGAUCUGGCACCAACAGACAGAACCCUGAUGUUUCUGCUCUUUCCAAAGCACAUCAAGCCCAUUUUGUUUUCCCUUUUCUGCACACGCUCCUCGUUUAUUAGUUACUUUCCAAACCUACAAAAACAAAACAGAACAUGUUAAAAAAAUACAUUCAAAAAGUACUGUAUUUAAUAAACCCCUGAAACUGCACUAGACAAAUUUCAUUUACAGAAAAAAUUGCCUGAUAGAAAUUUUGCUUUAAUCAAAAGUGCUAAACCCUUUUGUGAUUGUCAAAGUUGCUGUUGCUUUGCGAGUCCCUGCCCCCCCCCCUUUUGUUUUGAUGUUGGUUUUAUUUAUUGUUUUUUUUUUUGUGUGUGUGUGUUUUUGAGUUGACACAUGGAAGCAAUGGCUUUGGUUCUGUGUUCAUUCUGAAGUAUUUUUACGUUGCACAGAUAUAUCCUACGUUUGGUGAGGGAGGGGGGACAUAAUGAUGUUCAAGUUUACUGACAUUUGUAUGUGUGACUCAGCAGUUUUUGAUCCUGUUGGAGUGGGUGACACUAAUGCUGGUGAGGGAGAGAGAAGAAGCCAGACAUCUGCCUCUUUCUAUGGAGUGCUUUGUAAUAAAUUUGACUCACCUGCAUCCUCUUUGUUGACACCUGUACUUUUUAAAAUUCCAUCCAGCUUGUCAAUAAAUAAUUAGCAAAAAAA